GUCGUCGCCGUCGCCGUCGCGGGUCAGCAUCUGCCUCUGCGUAUUCUGGUUCUUCGUCUCAGUCCUCUGCUUCGCCGUCGCCGUGCUCGGGUUGGCCGUCUGCCUCUGCUCCUCCACUGAAUCUUCCUCUGUUCGUGCUAGGAAGCUCUGGGUGACCCUGAUCUGCGUAUUCUAGUCAAUCGAGUGCCACUUGUCAAGCAUUGAAUCAUGAAGAAGUCUCCUAUUAAGAAGAAAUAGAACAGAUAGAUAGAUAGAUAGAUUUUAAGGGGGGUAAAUUGCACAUCCCCAAAACAUUAAAGAGGUGGAGUUCACGUGGAAAAACCCAUUGCAAAAAGCUCAGCAACAAAGGAAGAAGAACUGAAGAAAACUAUGGAGAGGUUGGAACUAAAGGAAAUUCAGAGACUCGAAGGCCACACUGAUAGGGUUUGGAGCUUGGCUUGGAACCCCGUCACCGGCCACAACGGUGUCCCACUCCUCUUUGCCUCUUGCAGUGGCGACAAAACUAUUCGAAUCUGGGAACAGAACCUCUCCUCUGGUGUCUGGUCCACCAAGGCGGUUUUGGAUGAGCCGCACACUCGAACCGUUCGGUCGUGCGCUUGGUCACCUUCUGGUAAGCUGCUGGCCACGGCAAGUUUUGAUGCCACUACAGCUAUAUGGGAGAAUGUUGGGGGUGAUUACGAGUGUGUCUCCACUUUGGAGGGUCAUGAACACGAAGUGAAGAGUGUGUCUUGGAAUGCAUCUGGAAACCUACUUGCAACGUGUAGUAGAGAUAAAUCUGUUUGGAUAUGGGAAGUGCUGCCAGGGAAUGAAUUUGAGUGUGUGUCAGUGUUGCAAGGACAUACCCAAGAUGUGAAAAUGGUGAAAUGGCAUCCAACAAUGGAUAUCUUAUUUUCAUGUAGUUAUGAUAACACUAUUAAGGUUUGGGCAGAUGAAGGUGAUAGUGACGAUUGGCAAUGCAUUCAAACAAUAGGAGAACCGAAUAAUGGUCAUACUUCAACUGUUUGGGCACUCUCUUUCAAUGCCAGUGGUGAUAAAAUGGUUACUUGCAGUGAUGAUCUUACGCUUAAGAUAUGGGAAUCAGAAAAUAUAGGGAUGCAAUCUGGUGGUGGAUUCAGACAUUGGAGACAUUUUUGCACUCUUACAGGGUAUCAUGAUCGGACAAUUUUCUCUGUUCAUUGGUCAAGAGAAGGUAUCUUUGCUAGUGGAGCUGCCGAUGAUGCUAUACGUCUUUUUGUGGAUGACAAUGAAAGUCAAGUGGAUGGUCCUCUGUACAAGUUGCUGCUGAAGAAGGAAAAGGCCCAUGAUAUGGACAUAAAUUCAGUGCAAUGGAGCCCUGGGGAGAAGCCGCUAUUAGCCUCUGCGAGUGAUGAUGGGACAAUCAAGGUGUGGGAGCUAGUGUCACAGAGGUGAUUCAAGUUUUGAACCUUUGCUGUAUCAGUAGCAAAACUUUAUACUGUUGAAGCCUAAUAGAAGUGGUAGGUUGCAGAAUCUCGGUUAUUAUUUUUCUUUUUCUUUAAUAUAGAUAAGGAAUAUUUUUUCUUCCCCCUUUCUUUUCCUUAGGGAUGCUAGGCCCAGGUGUACUAUGUGACUGUAAAUCGAAAUAACCGUAAACCUUUCCAUUUUUUUAUUUUUGCUCUAGAAUGCUUGAAAAUAAAUUAACCUAGAUUUAGUACCAUAAGUACUGUUACUUCAAUGGACCCCAUUGUUUUUGUC